UGGGCGUCCCAUGCCAAGUGUCACCGAGGGGUGCUGAGCUGCUUCUCUCAAGAUGAUGAAGAGGCAGUUCAAUCGGAUGCGGCAGCAGCUGUCCCAUCCCAACGCCACCAGCCGAGCCCAAGAAGCAACUGAGUUCCUGACAGAAGAUUUGCUGCAGAUCGAGCAGAGGAUCGAGCCAGCCAAGAGAGCAGCUCACACUGUGUCCAAGCGGCUCCAGGCUUGUCUGCAGGGUCACUGCGGUGCUGAAAUGGACAAGCGAGUGAAGAAGCUACCCUUGAUGGCUCUGUCUGCAACGAUGGCUGAGAGCUUCAAGGAACUGGAUACAGAGUCCAGCCUUGGGAGAGCCCUGGAGAUGGGUUGCUGCAUCCAGAGUUCGCUGGCCAAGAUCUUGGCUGAGUUUGAGAUCGCUAUAGAGCGUGACAUCCUGCAGCCACUCAACAAGCUCAGCGAGGAGGAGCUUCCCAUCAUCCUAAAGCGCAAGAAGACCCUCCAGAAGCUGAUUUCUGACUGGAAUGCCAUCAAGAGCCGGCUGAGCCAAGCUGCCAAGAGUUCCAGUAACAGCGCAGGAGCUGGAGCUGGCCAAGGGGCAUCUUCUGCUGCCAACAAGCUGGAGAUCCUGAAGGAAGAGGAGGAGGAGGUGAAGAGGAAGGUAGAGCAGUGCAAGGAUGAGUACAUGGCAGACCUCUACCACUUCUCCACCAAAGAGGACAGCUAUGCCAGCUACUUCAUCAGACUGCUGGAAAUCCAAGCCCAAUACCAUCGGCAGUCGCUGGAAUCUCUGGACUCGGCUCUGACAGAGCUGAAGGACAGCCACAGCCAGAAAGAGCCCUCCUUCACCACAGAAACCCCAGUGGUAGGGUACUACGGCGUGCCCCUGCAGACACAUCUCAAGGACUUGGGCCGAGAGAUCGCUCUGCCUAUCGAGGCCUGUGUAAUGAUGCUGCUGGCCUCGGGCAUGAAGGAGGAGGGACUAUUCCGGCUAGCAGCAGGUGCCUCCGUGCUGAGGAAGCUGAAGAGCAGCUUGGCCAGUGGCUCUAAUGCCCUGGAGGAGUUUUACUCGGACCCCCAUGCUGUGGCCGGUGCAUUAAAAUCCUAUCUGCGGGAGCUGCCUGAGCCUCUGAUGACCUUCAAGCUCUAUGAUGAAUGGAUCAAAGUGGCCAGCUUAAAGGACACUGAUGACCGCGUACAGAGCCUGAGAGACACCUGCAGCCGCCUGCCCCAGGACAGCUACAACAAUCUGAGGUAUCUGAUCAAGUUUUUAGCCAAGCUGGCAGAGCACCAGCAUGUGAAUAAAAUGACCCCCAGCAACAUCGCCAUAGUGCUGGGCCCCAACCUGCUGUGGCCAGAGCAAAGCACAGGAGACCCUGUGCAACUAGACUUGGCCUCAGUCUCCUCCAUUCAGGUGGUGGGAGUCAUAGAAGCCCUCAUCCAGAACGCAGACUUACUCUUCCCUGGAGAGAUAGAUUUCAACGUCUCAGGGAUGUUCACACUGCCUGCGGAUGUCAGUCUCAAUGAGGCUGCCCCGGUAGAAGAGCUUCCUCCCAAAUCCCCCCCACCCUGCUCUCCAUCUCCCCUGGAUGAAGAGGUCACAAAUGACUCCGAAGUCAGCUCCCAGCCGCUUUCCCCAGUGGUGACCAAGCCGUCCCCUGAAGCCUCAGUGCUGCCAGCUUCAACACCAGCCAAUGACACCGCCCGCAAAGCCAAGCGCCCGGCUCCAUCCCGACCCGCAGGGCCGCCUCCCGUAGCCCAAGCCCGGAGCACGAUCCCUGAGCGCACCUCCAGCCCUAAGGCCCGGCCACGACGUCUGGGCGCUCCUUCCAUCCCUCCCCCAUUGCCCCCACAGCCGGCACCGCGCCACAGCCGUGAAUCCCUCACGUCUCCGGGGCCUCCCACCACCAAUAGCGGCAGCACGGAUGAAGGGCCGGCGGAGGGACAGAGCUCUUUGGCUGGAUCAACAACGGCGGAGAACGACUGAGCGAGGCGCGGGGCUGCCAUUAGCUCCCACUGUGCCUCCCCUCGUUCCCUCAUGCCGGCCAGCAGGGCCCACAGCGGGGCCCACAGCCGCUGCAGGUGGGCGCGCGGCGGCCAUUUUGGCUCCCGUCGCCUCAGAGCGCAUCACCUCGAGCCCAGGAACAGGUACGGCCGGUUUAUCCUGUGAGAGGAUUCGAUUUGUUAAGAAGAUAUAUAUACCUGCACACACA